AUGGCUGUGAUGGAGCCCCGUCUCCUGGCUCUGGCCGUGUGGGUUUGCAUGGGAGUGGUGCUACAAGUUCAGGGCGACCAGAUGAAGCCAGCACGGGCACCUCUGAUCCCCAACCGGCCUUUCGUCGUUGUGUGGAACGCUCCCACUGAAUCCUGCCGCCUUCGAUUCAAAGUGGACUUGGACCUUAGCGUUUUUGACAUCGUAGCAAACUUGAAUGAAACCCUAAGUGGACCAAACGUCACCAUAUUCUACCACAGCCAUUUGGGAUACUAUCCAUACUUCUCCAACUCCGGGGAUCCUAUCAACGGUGGACUACCGCAGAACCAGAGCAUCUCCAAACACCUGAGCAAGGCCCGCUCGGACAUUGACAAGCUAAUCCCCCACAAGGACUUCAGAGGCCUGGGUGUGAUCGACUGGGAAAACUGGAGGCCUCAGUGGGUCAGAAACUGGGGCUCUAAGGACAUCUACCGCAACAAAUCCAAGGAACAGAUUCGGAAACUUCACCCGAACUGGCCGGAGAGCAAGGUGGAGAACGAAGCCAAGGAGAGUUUUGAGAGGGCUGGGCUUGCAUUCAUGAAUCUGACCUUGGCGUUGGCUGAAGGUCGCAGGCCAGACGGGCUGUGGGGUUUUUACCUGUUCCCGGACUGUUACAACUACGGAUACAAGCAGCACCCACAAAGGUACACCGGUGAAUGCCCCAACAUUGAGCACGUCCGUAACGACCAUCUAAUGUGGCUUUGGAAGGAGAGCACGGCCCUCUACCCGUCAAUCUACCUGGACUACGAGCUCAAGUCCUCACCCAACACUGUCAGGUUCGUCCACUACAGAGUCAAGGAGGCCAUGAGGAUUGCGUCCAUCGCUCGUACGGACUUCACGUUGCCUGUGUUUGUCUACUCCAGACCGUUCUACGCUUACACCUUUGUGGUUCUCUCAGAGAGUGACCUGAUUCACACGAUUGGGGAGAGCGCUGCACUGGGAGCAUCAGGUGUCGUUCUGUGGGGAUCAUCAGAGUAUGCACGGACACAGAGAAAUUGCCUGACAGUGAAGAAGUACAUCGACGGUCCUCUGGGACAUUACGUCAUCAACGUCACCUCUGCCGCCAAGCUGUGCAGCAAGGCACUCUGCAAAAAGAAUGGCAGGUGUGUACGCAAAAGCCUUGACUCAGGCGCUUACCUGCACCUGAACCCGCGCUUCUUCCACAUCCACCAUAACCCGGCACCCAGGGGCCCCCGCUUCCAAGUCAGAGGUCACCUCAACAACCACGACAUCCUGGACAUGAAGCACAAGUUCACCUGUCAGUGCUACCAGGGCUGGACCGGGGUUUACUGCGAGAUGCCUCAGACUCCAUCACGUCUUCCUCCUCCACCUCAGCCCGCCAUCCCUCUGCCUCACCCACGGGAACACAGCCUGCUGGGAGAUAUCCUGCUCCUCCUGUCCCUCCAUUUCUCCUGUCUGUGUGUCAUCAUGUUCCUGGGACUCUGUCUGAUUAUAAAGUGUCUGAUUCUGUAG